CCUUUGUAUAUAUAUAAUAUAUACAUAGUUUAAAUAGCUAGUUUAUUAGUCGAUGUAAGGCCGUAAUGCCGUUGAUUCUUACUAAAUCGUCAAUUGGUAUUCUGUAUACACUAAUUAUUUUUUAUUUAGUGAUAAAAAAUAUAUACUGAAAGCAUUAUUAAUUUAUUAUAUAUGUAACAGUGAAGUGUCAGUCAUUUAGUAAUUAAGUUAUUUUUCAAGUAGUAGUGAUAAUGUUGCGGUAUUUAUUAGAUACCUUUUGGAAUGAAGAUGUUUGGCUGCCGCCAAAUACUACUUGGGAGGACAUUAAACCGGGACCUGAUAAGGUUGUGGUUUAUAAUGAUCACAGGCAUCUUCUGUACCCUAUACCUUUAGCUUUUGUGCUUAUCGCACUGCGCCACCUCAUAGAAAACUAUUGGUUUGCACCAUUUGGCAAAUCAUUAGGUAUAAAGAACACAAGAUCAAAAAAGGCUCCCAUCAUCCCCAAACUAGAAGCAGCAUAUCAGGAAUGUUCUAAAAUUAAACAUAAGCAGCAGUUUUUCAGCAGGGAACAGAUAUGUGCACUAGCGAAGCAUCUAGAUAUGACGGAGCGUCAGGUGGAGAGAUGGUGGCGCCUGCGAAGAAGUCAGGACAAACCAUCUACACUCGUCAAGUUUUGCGAAAAUGCGUGGAGGUGUAUCUUCUACCUCUACAGCUUUUCUUAUGGGGUCUUCAUACUUUGGGAUAAGGAAUGGUUGUGGGAUAUAGACCAGUGUUAUAUUGGGUAUCCACAUCAGGGUGUAACAAGCGAUAUCUGGUGGUACUAUAUGAUAUCGUCAGCGUUCUACUGGUCGCUGACAUUCUCCCAGUUCUGGGACGUGCGUCGGAAAGACUUCUGGCAGAUGUUCGUGCAUCACUUGGCCACUAUCGCUCUGCUCUCCUUCUCCUGGGUCUGCAACCUUCAUCGCAUUGGCACGCUGGUGCUGCUAUUGCACGACUGCGCUGACAUAUUUUUAGAGGCGGCUAAAGCAGCGAAGUAUGCAAACUAUCAAAAGUUUUGCGACGUCAUAUUUACAAUUUUCACCGUCCUCUGGAUUGUUACCAGGCUUGGUAUCUAUCCAUUCUUCAUUAUUUGGAGUACAUCGAUCCGCGCUCCCAUGCUUCUACCGAUGUUUGCAGCGUACUAUAUCUUCAACUCUCUACUAUGUCUGUUGCUUUGUCUACAUAUGGUAUGGACUUGGCUGAUACUACAAGUUGCCUACAAAGCUAUCAACGCUGGCAAGAUGGAAGGUGAUAUUCGCAGUUCCAGUUCAGAUGUAAGCGAUAGUUCACCUCAAUCCAACCACAGCACGCCGAAUAGGGUCAAUAAUAAAAAAGACAAGUAAAUCACAGGAUGUGAAGUCAAUAUUUGUAAUUAACGAAUCUGUUGUUAUUGUUGUAUUACUUAUUUUAGGAUAUGGAUAAAUUUUUUGCUUGCUAAUUUACUGAAGAGGCUGCAAGAUUGUUCCUUUAGUUAAGAUUGUACUGUUUUUAUUUUUAAGCUAAAUGCUUGUUUGCCUAACAAAUUGAGAUAAAUAAUAAUUGCCAAAUAUUAUAUAAUAAGCAGCAUUUAUAUCUGGGACCAGAUACAAGUGAUACUUCUUCUUUUAAGUGUAUUGGCAUUGCUUAAAUGGAAAUAUUUUAAUUUAUACAAAGAGUGAUUUCAUUAAUUCAUAGGCAUGCCUAGCAGGUUGUAAUGAUAACUGAAACCAAAGAAACAAACCCUGUAUUUAAAUAAAUGCUAAUAACCAAAUUCAUAUAUUAUUUACGUUGUAAUAGUUUAAGAUGACUUAAAUUAAUUAACUUUUUGUUAUGGUGUUUAUUUUGUAUGGUUUUUCUUAUGGAUAUUAUACCAAUCAGUAGAUGUUUAAAUCAAUAAAAAUAACACUUAUAUUAUUCUAAUGUAGCACUUUGAUAAAAAUGAAUGAAGAGUUCUCAAUUGACAUUGUAAUUUUAGGCUUCUUUCAUUACUGAUAAAAAUGAUGGUCGACCUUGUUAACAGUCUUUCAUGUGGCUUUAUCUAAAAUUCGUAAUUGAUUGAAAUUUUUCCAAUUUAUAAUGCAUGAUUAUAUCACGGCCGUCAUUUUGUUAUCAUUAAUUUAAAAAAACUAUAUAAAUCUGUGUAGUUGGAAUUGUAUAGCUUGUUUUCCUUUAUUGAUUUCGUAUGUAUUAAAUAAUCAUGACGACUGAUUUAUCAGGUGGUUAUGUAUUUUGUGGUGAUGUUUUUUUAAAGGGCUACAACUUAAACACCAACAACACACACCCACAUACUUUACAUAGAAGAGAAUAUCAGAGAAAGAGAAAAUUUAGACAAUGCGUACUGUAUUGGAUAUUGAACAAUUACAAUUAUUUUUGAUAUGAAAUUAAAUAUGUAUAAAUAAUAUAUAUUGAAUGAAAAAAAAAAUUGCUGGUUUCCACAAUUUUUAAUUCGUUUAUUUUUUUAGCUACACAGGUUCAUAUUUUGCUUGAUUAAUUCAUAUAUCAAAUAUUGUAUGAACAUUGACAAUGUUUUUUUAAGAAACUUAUUUGUUAACCCUUAAUCUUAUUGGCUGUUGUCUAUGAUUAAAAUAUUUUAUAAUUUGGAUGUAAAGCCUUAUAAAAUUAGUACCAAAAAUCCAUAUCAAUAGAGUAUUUAGCACUUUAUAGUUAAGUAGGCAAUGCUAAAAUCACCCAAAGACGCUUUCAUAGUUUUUAUCUAGAUAGGUAAUGUUAUAGGACAAUUACGGUUGUAUUAGAAAAAAAUAAUUUAAUGGUUCUUAAUAAUAGACCAAUUUUUAAAUCUGUAAUUAAGACACAGUCGUGGUCUCGAACGCCAACCACCACAGUUAACAAACCAGCUAUUUUUGACCUGGUGAUAUUUUUGUCAGGUGUAGGAGGCUUCGAGUGUAAAGUUUACAGUAAAAGUAUUGUUAAUUCGAUAUUAUAUUUAUAUUUGAGUCGCAAAAUUGAUUCCUUACAUCAUUUUUAGAAUUUUAAGUAAAAAUUCACAGAAAAGAACAAAAUCGUUAGUUUGUAUGUUUAUAUUUGAUAUUUGUUUUCUUUUUAUAGUAUAGAUUGUAGAAGAAAUUAUUUUUGCUGUUGUUUUUAUUUAAUUUUUAGGAGUUUUUACUCUCAUUUGUCUAAAUGCGUACUUUUUACGCUUUAUCACAUUAAAUAAAUAUCAAUAAGAAGUGUUAAGGUGUUUGUGCCUUUAUUAUGAUAAUCAUAAAAUACGGAUGUAUGAAUGAUACCCAUUUAAUAAUAUUAGUCUUUAAACCGUUGCUGUCUGUUGGUGCCCGAAUAUGUGUAUUGUAUUAUAUAUAAAUUGAAUUUCAUUGCAUUUUAAUUUGGUAUAUAUGUUUAACUUCAUACUUUUUCUAUGACUUCUCAGUAUUAGUAACACUUUUAUUUAAAAGAAAUACUAUGAAAAAAAAAUUACAUGAUUUAUUAGUUAUAUAGGUUACUUAAUUCAACCUGUGUUGUCCUGGCUUGUGUAAUUAAAAUAACAUAAUAAUAACAUAAUAAUUUUUUACUUGUAUAACUACAACGCUGGUGACUUUUACCAAAAUGGCUACAUGCCCCACAUUAAAUGGACAUUAAUAAUUGUUUUUGUUGUAUUGGAUUCUGUUACAUAUUAUAUUGACUUAAAAGACUAUCUUCAUGAUACAGUGGCUAUUGUUACUUGUUGGUGUGACUGAGCUUGAUAUGCACAAUAUAACUUAUGUAUGUUAUAAAAGAGAAAUAAAGAGAUUUGAUGCUAU